AUGGGUAAUGUGCAGUGCUGCGCCAGUGACCUCCGCGAAGGCAAGCUCAAGCCCAAGAAGAAGAGCAAGAAGAAGGGGAAGGCUGUAAAAAAGGCCAACGGAACGGGCGGUGCUAAGCCGAACGCGGUACAAAGUGCUAAAGCCACACUUGAGAAAACUGAAGACGCGGCGGCCCCAUUGGAGCCAGCGAAAACGGUGGCCAAAGAAGAGGUGAAAACCACCGAGGAACCAAAAAUGACGCAACCCAUUCAACCAGAACCUAAAAACGAGUCUCCACGCAGCGAGAGCAUGGCUUCAGCGAGGGAAAGAUUUUUCGGACAGGUACGUUCGGAGGAAUCACUGCUAGCCCCAGAGACGACCGCUAAAAAUGCACGAUGGAUACCAGAAUUCGGUUUGGAUGGCAACAAUACCCUGAAACACAACGGCAGUGCCAAAGACUUGGCUUCAGUCAUGGAGAAUCUGAAAAAGACCAGCCUCGUGUCCAGACAGAACCAGACCCUCAACACACAAGUCUCCAGCUCGAAACAACAGAUGGUGUCCAGCGCUUCGUCGAGUACUGCCGCGUCUAGCCAGCGAGUGCAAAGUUCGUCCCAGCGCGCCAGCUCCAUCAAAUCCGACCUCUCCGAACUGCAGAGCUCCAUCUCGGAAAUGAAGACGCUCAGCAACUCGGCGACCCUAAACUUCGGACAGAGACUGAGAAGUUCGAUGGAGAACAUCGUGGACCAGGAGGACGCGAAGGAGAGGCACAUACCCGACAUUCGCGAUCUGAGCGAGAUGGGAGAUAUCGGCGAUAUCGGGGACAUGACCGACCUCGCCGGAGACGGUCCCCUCGUGACCUUCCCCGAAUCGGAUACGCCACCCCCCGAUAAGCCGUGUUUACUGGCGCCCGCGUCUGCAUCUCUCGCCUCGAUAGGAUCGAGCGCAGCGAACGAGCUGAAGUACAGCGCGGCCAGGUCCACGUCGGCGAGUUCGACGCGCGUGGUCACGGACGGUUUCAGUGCAUCAAAAUCGGCCGCGAACAGUUCGAGGAUGAGGAGGCUGCAACACGGAGACAUGCAAUACGCUGAACACAGUGCGACGGGAGCGUCUCAUAGGCUUCUACAAGCCGAAGGCCUGACGGCCGAACAGAACGCCGCUUAUUUACAAGAGAAGCGAUCUCUACAAGCCGGAGAGCUAUCCGCCCAAGAGGCAAACAACAUGUCGGCCACCAGUUCCAGACUCCAGACGGAAGCUUUCAGCGCCGAGAAAAAAGCGAUGGCUUCCUCACAAGCUCGCCAAACCGUUACUUCGAGCGGCAUGUUCAGCCACAAGGAGCACUCCUCACACUCAAAUAUGACUAUUUCUAGUAAAAAUCUGACAACCAAGUCCACCUUGCUGUCCUCCCAGAUGAGUCAACUGCUGAACGGAACUAUCAAACCGGGCGACGAGGAUCUAACAAAUUUAACAUUCGAGGAUCUAGACAAAUUAAACGCGAACUCGAACGAGAAGGAUGUCAACAUGGCGAUACAGAAGUACUCGCAUCGGAUGAACGCGUUCAUCACGGCCAUCAAGAAUAACCAAAUGGACAUGAAGAACGCCGGCGUACAUUUUAACAAACUGAACGAGAUGCUCCGAAGGGCGUGGGCGGUCCCUACGUACGGACACGAAUUAGGCUAUUCAUUGUGUAACGCGUUACGUACGUCUGGUGGCCUCGACAUUCUCAUGGAAAAUUGUCUAGAGUCCAACAAUCCCGAGCUACAGUUUUCGUCCGCAAAACUUCUAGAACAAUGCCUCACUACGGAGAACAGAGCGCACGUCGUCGAAAACGGGCUCGAGAAGGUCGUCAACGUCGCUUGCGUGUGCACCAAACAGGCCAACGCGGACCACUCGAGGAUCGGCACUGGUAUAUUGGAACAUUUGUUCAAACACAGCGAAGGCACCUGCAGUGACGUCAUCAAAUUGGGGGGCUUGGACGCCGUGCUGUUCGAAUGUCGGAAGAACGAUAUCGAAACUCUGCGGCAUUGCGCCACGGCCCUCGCCAACUUGUCCCUGUACGGCGGCGCCGAAAACCAGGAAGCCAUGAUCAACAGGAAAGUGCCCAUGUGGCUGUUUCCCCUGGCGUUCCACCACGACGAUAACAUUAAAUAUUACGCUUGCUUAGCGAUAGCUGUUUUGGUCGCCAAUAAAGAAAUAGAGGCGGCCGUUUUAAAAUCCGGCACGCUGGACUUAGUCGAACCUUUCGUGACGUCACACAACCCUUCAGAGUUCGCACGGUCGAAUCUAGCUCACGCUCACGGUCAAAGUAAGAACUGGUUGCAGCGGCUAGUGCCCGUGCUGAGUUCAAAAAGGGAGGAAGCGAGAAACCUGGCCGCCUUCCACUUCUGCAUGGAGGCGGGAAUAAAGAAGCAACAGGGCAACACUGAGAUAUUCAAAGAAAUAGGCGCGAUAGAGUCUCUCAAAAAGGUCGCCAGCUGUCCGAACGCCGUUGCGUCGAAAUACGCUGCCCAAGCUUUGAGGUUGAUAGGCGAAGAAGUGCCGCACAAGCUGUCUCAGCAGGUCCCGCUCUGGUCUAUCGAAGACGUAAGAGAAUGGGUUAAACAAAUUGGUUUCUCUGAGUACGCGACCAAUUUCUACGAGAGCCGCGUGGACGGAGACCUAUUGCUUCAAAUUACAGAGGAAAACCUCAAAGAGGAUAUCGGCUUGCAUAAUGGAAUCAAGAGGAAAAGAUUCACGAGAGAACUGCAGCAGUUGAAGAAGAUGGCUGAUUACAGUUCGCGCGACACAGGCAACUUGAACGACUUCUUGCAAGGCAUAGGCCUGGAGUACACGAUAUACACGUACUCUAUGUUGAACGCUGGCGUCGACAAGGAGUCCAUUCGCGGCCUGAGCGAUGAACAAUUGGAGAAGGAGUGCCAUAUCCUCAACAGUAUACAUAGACUUAGGAUUUUGAAUGCUAUAAGAGCGUACGAGAGCAGACUUCCGAUUAAAGGAGAAGAGAAUCUGGAGAAAAACUUGGACGUCUUCGUCAGCUAUAGAAGGUCGAAUGGAUCGCAGUUGGCCAGCUUACUCAAAGUCCAUCUUCAAGUUCGAGGCUUCACGGUUUUCAUAGAUGUGGAGAGGCUAGAAGCUGGGAAAUUCGAUAACAACCUUCUCCAGAGCAUUAAGCAAGCGAAGCAUUUCCUACUCGUGCUAACACCGAACGCCUUGGACAGGUGUAAGCAUGAUAACGAACAGAAAGACUGGGUGCAUCGGGAGAUAGUGGCGGCGUUGCAAUCUCAGUGCAACAUCGUACCCAUUAUCGACAACUUCGAGUGGCCCGAACCGGAGGAGCUGCCAGAAGACAUGAGAGCGGUUUGUCAUUUCAACGGCGUCCGCUGGAUACAUGACUACCAGGACGCGUGUGUUGAAAAGCUGGAAAGCUUUCUUCGUGAGCCGUUACACACCCUCCCGCCUAUUAGACCGAGACGUAGCCGUCAGGCAUCAAUUGAAAAAGCGAAAGACUUGGACAGCUGCGACGCUUCGCCUAAACAAUUGUUCACUGCAGCUUCUUGUGAUCUGCAGGAGAGACUAGCCGGCAGUACCGACAGCAUACACCAAGAGACACUUGUGAAUUCUCGUAGAAGUCGUAGCUGUGAAGGUAGUUUAGACGAGUCGCCAGCGGAUCUGCCCUCGCCGCUGCACACAAGCACGCAGACGAAACGUAAAAAGAAUUUCAUGGACCGUUGCGUUAACAAAGUGAGACUUUGCUGA